AUGAUCUCUCAAUCACUCCGUGCCGCCGCUCCGGCGACGAGGAUGCUCAACCAGCCCCUCCGCUCGGCCCCCUCGAUGGCGCGACUUGCGCCGAUGGGAGCUCGUUUCAACUCUGGCAAGGUCUCGGGCCCUGUCAUCGGAAUCGACCUGGGCACCACCAACUCAUGUGUCUCGGUCAUGGAGGGCCAGCAGGCACGCGUCAUUGAGAACUCUGAGGGUGGCCGGACGACGCCUUCCGUCGUCGCCUUCACCAAGGACGGCGAGCGCCUUGUCGGUCUGCCCGCCAAGCGCCAGGCUGUCGUCAACCCCGAGGCCACCCUCUUUGCCACCAAGCGUCUGAUUGGCCGCAAGUUCCAGGACAAGGAGGUCCAGAAGGACCUGAGCAACGUCCCCUUCAAGAUUGUGCCCCACUCGAACGGCGAUGCGUGGCUCGAGGCCCGCGGCCAGAAGUACUCGCCCUCGCAGAUCGGUGCGUUUGUCGUAGGCAAGAUGAAGGACACCGCCUCCGGCUACCUCGGCAAGCCCGUCAAGCACGCCGUCAUCACCGUCCCCGCCUACUUCAACGACUCGCAGCGCCAGGCCACCAAGGACGCCGGUGCCAUUGCCGGCCUUGACGUCCUCCGCGUCAUCAACGAGCCCACCGCCGCCGCCCUCGCCUACGGCAUGGACCGCGACGACUCGUCGGUCAUCGCCGUCUUCGACCUGGGCGGCGGUACCUUCGAUAUCUCGAUCCUCGAGAUGCAGAAGGGCGUCUUCGAGGUCAAGUCGACCAACGGCGACACCCACCUCGGCGGCGAGGACUUCGACAUCGUCCUCGUCGAGCACCUCGUCAACGAGUUCAAGAAGGAGAGCAACAUCGACCUCAGCAAGGACCGCAUGGCCAUCCAGCGCAUCCGCGAAGCAGCCGAAAAGGCAAAAAUUGAGCUGUCGUCGACGAGCCAGACGGACAUUUCGCUGCCGUACAUCACGGCCGAUGCCAGCGGUCCCAAGCACAUCAACACCAAGCUGACGCGCGCGCAGCUCGAGGGCCUGGUGGGCAAGCUGGUCGACCGCACCGUCGAGCCUUGCAAGAAGGCGCUGUCCGACGCCGGCGUCAAGCCGUCCGAGAUCCAGGACGUCAUCAUGGUCGGCGGCAUGUCGCGCAUGCCCAAGGUCCUCGAGACGGUCAAGAGCAUCUUCAACCGCGACCCCAGCAAGGGUGUCAACCCUGACGAGGCUGUCGCCAUCGGCGCCUCGAUCCAGGGCGGUGUCCUCUCCGGCCAGGUCACGGAUGUCCUGCUGCUCGACGUCACCCCGCUUUCGCUCGGCAUCCAGACGCUCGGCGGCGUCUUCACCCGCCUCAUCAACCGCAACACGACCAUCCCCACCAAGAAGAGCCAGGUCUUCUCGACUGCCGCCGAUGGCCAGACUGCCGUCGACAUCCAGGUCUACCAGGGAGAGCGCGAGCUCGUCCGCGACAACAAGCUGCUGGGCAACUUCCAGCUGACUGGCAUCCCCCCGGCACCCAAGGGCGUCCCCCAGAUCGAGGUCACCUUUGACAUCGACGCCGACGGCAUCAUGCACGUCUCGGCGUCCGACAAGGCCACAAACAAGGACCAGUCGAUGACGAUCUCGGCCGGUUCCGGCCUCAGCGACACCGAGAUUGAGCGCAUGGUGGCGGAUGCGGAGCAGUACGCUGAGUCGGACAAGGCCCGCAAGGCCGUGAUCGAGGAGGCCAACCGCGCCCACUCGGUGUGCGGCGAGACGACCAAGGCGAUGCAGGAGUUCAGCGAGCAGCUGCCCGCCGACGAGAAGGAGAAGCUCAACGUCCUCAUCAAGGAGACUGAGGAGCUGGCCGCCAAGGGCCUCAACGCCGACAGCGACGUCACCGCCGACGCCAUCCGCGAGAAGAUCGACGCCACGCAGCAGGCCUCGCUUCAGCUCUUCAAGCUGGUCUACGAGAAGCGCGGCCAGCAGGGCUCGUCCGAGGAGGCUAAGCCCGCCGAGGGCGAGGGCGAGAAGAAGCAGUAA